AUGCAACCAUCUACCACAAUGAUAAAAAUCCUGGUAUUUCUUAACUACUUGAAUUCGAUGAGUCACAUUUUGGCUUAAGAAACUCCGAGGAAACCUUAGAGUUUUCCUUCUAAUCAACGUUUGGUGAGUAGAUAUACAUGUCACUUUAACAAUUUGUUUAAGGUGACUCGACCCAGUUUUUUUGGGGGGGUACCAUCCUACUUUGAAGCUCUCUGGUAUCCCCACCUUUACUUUUAUCGUAAGUCUAACACAUAGAAUGGAUAACAUAUAGAUCAAUCUACAAUAUAACAUAAAAUUUUUGGCGAUCGGAGUAAAUGUCACGUGGUUAUAAUGCCACGCCCCUUUGAGGUCUGAGUCGAAAAUCUGCUGUUGCAGGCAUUUUUUCCUGAAAAUCUCUCGGUUACACAUAGUGCGCAUUAGUGUCUUGCGCUGAACAGAGUUUCACCAAAAUCGCAAAGACCCAAUUCGAGAAAUUCAGCGGUUUCCAAAUUUAGGUCAUAAUUUAUGCGAAAAUGAUCAGCAAACUUUACACGAUUAUAUCUAAUAAACUAUGAGACUUAUCCCUUUAUUUUGGGCAUCGUUAUAACAGAUGGGUCCUUGCAAGUCAGCAAAACGCUUUAGGGCCUUGUAAAUGUGCGCGAUUUUGAGCAAAGCAAACAUAUAGAAAUUAUAGUUUUCGCAAUUUGUUGACGUUUGUCAGCGUUUAAGAGUCCUUCUCACGAAAAAAGCAUUUUCUUAAAAAUUCGUAAUUUUUUUUCCUUCAAACUUUUUCAGGGCCACAAUUGAUUAACUGACUACCCGGAUUCUGAAUUUCAUGGUCAUUGAAAAACUGUGACAUUAUCUUCUAUAAGCCCAAACUUGAGUAAACAUUGAAGAUUUUUAGCGUUUUGGCUGAGUUUGUGCUUUGGGAGUUGUCUAUUGUUUCUAGUCUGUCAUUAUACAGCAUUCUUGUUCAGCACGCGUGCAAUGACCGCGCUUGGCUGACUUCCGAAUGCUCACCGACUAUGAUAAUUUUGGUACAGUGAGACAGGCCAUCGUGUGAUACAUAGAGGUUUAACUCACAAUUUUUAAUCAAUUCUCGUGCUUCUUGUGCCUUUGCAAAAAGAUCAAGAGGUGCUACACACUAAAUCUACUUACUAUUAAAAAAUUAUCAUUUUUUCAUAGGUUUAAUGCAAGCCAAUAAUUAAACUAACUCGUGGCGGGAAUCCCUUCCAUUUUCUCAUACUAAAUUAUCAUAUCUCGUUGAGCAUUCGCAAGUCAGCCAAGCGUGGUCAUUGCACGCGUGCUGAACAAGAAUGCUGUAUAAUGACAGACUAGAAACAAUAGACAACUCCCAAAGCACAAACUCAGCCAAAACGCUAACAAUCUUCAAUGUUUACUCAAGUUUGGGCUUAUAGAAGAUAAUGUCACAGUUUUUCAAUGACCAUGAAAUUCAGAAUCCGGGUAGUUAGUUAAUCAAUUGUGGCCCUGAAAAAAUUUGAAGGAAAAAAAACUACGAUUUUUAGCUGAUUUUUUAAGAAAAUGCUUUUUUCGUGAGAAGGACUCUUCAACGCUGACAAACGUCAACAAAUUGCGAAAACUAUAAUUUCUAUAUGUUUGCUUUGCUCAAAAUCGCGCACAUUUACAAGGCCCUAAAGCGUUUUGCUGACCUGCAAGGACCCAUCUGUUAUAACGAUGCCCAAAAUAAAGGGAUGAAUCUCAUAGUUUAUUAGAUAUAAUCGUGUAAAGUUUGCUUAUCAUUUUCGCAUAAAUUAUGACCUAAAUUUGGAAACCGCUGAAUUUCUCCAAUUGGGUCUUUGCAAUUUUGGUGAAACUCUGUUCAGCGCAAGGCACUAAUGCGCACUAUGUGUAACCGAGAGAUUUUCAGGAAAAAAUGCCUGCAACAGCAGAUUUUCGACUCAGACCUCAAAGGGGCGUGGCAUUAUAACCACGUGACAUUUACUCCGAUCGCCAAAAAUUUUAUGUUAUAUUGUAGAUUGAUCUAUAUGUUAUCCAUUCUAUAUGUUAGACUUACGAUAAAAGUAAAGGUGGGCAUACCAGAGAGCUUCAAAGUAGGAUGGUACCCCCCCAAAAAAACUGGGUCGAGUCACCUUAACUUGCACCAAAUGUAACAGGGAAAGACAGAGGAAAGUGAAUAUAUAGCAUGAGGAUCGACGCAGCUGAGCGUUUCGCGUUUUCAUUUAUGUACGGCAAUACUCAAUUUCGCACAAAAACCCAGUCUACAUUUAGGACGAAAAAGGUCGAUUCAUCACUCUUGGUAAGGUUACACUGCGUAUGUUCUUAAAAGGGCUGCGUGUUUCAUCCAUUGUGAGGCAAAGGCGGCAAAGGGAGGAGGAGUACUCAUGUCAAUCAUGAUCCCAACUUGCAAUGCUCACGCGUAUAUGAAAUUCUAGAAGAAAAAUUUUGCGCCGUACGCAAAAAAUGCGACAGUAAAAAAUAUAAUAACAGUAAACAAAUAUAAUGUAGGGAUGAAAAGUCUUGAUCGAGCAAUUAUUGUUAGUGACACUCUCAAGACAGAAACGUCUCCAAUUUUUAUUUAUUAGGUUCGGAUUACGGUUCCGGUUCCGGUUCCGUUUCCGUUUCCGGCUCCGCUGCCGGUUCCGGAUUCCGGCUUUUCCAUACGCCCAGAGAUUGGCCACGGUUUUUUUUCUGUUUUUCCUUUUAGAGAUUGCCUAAAAAGGAACAAGGCCAAUAUCCAGCUUUCAUUAAAGAAAAAAUGACCAAGCUUGGUCUUAAAAGAAAUAUUGUGUGGCUAAUAAAUUAGACACAAAGAGGGUAAUCCUCAGCACACAAACAAACAAACAAACAAAAAAUAACCAUCAAUUUCAGAAAGUGAAAUUCAGAAAAUUUAUUGCCUUCAUCUCCCUUCAUACAUGAUAGUUUUCCUACCGCACACCUCAUAUUAUAAAACUGGCAAAUAUUGUCUUUCCACUACAUGAGUUGAAUAUUAAGAUCAGUCACCUCUGUUGAUUUUGCAAAAUAUAUUUUAAAUUAAGUACACAUUGAGUGACAUUGAAUUCAUAACAUCAUAUAUUUCUUAAAAUACCUCCAGUUGAAUCAUUGAAACCUACCUAAACAUAACUUAAACGUCCUACAGAAGCAAGUAAUAAAAAUUGAUAACCGCAUAUUAAACAUGCAAUAAAUACAAAUGAUAACUUAGUAAACUACUCUGCAUUCGAAUGGUUGUUCACAUGUUCCAAGCUCCUUAUCACCACAGAGACAGUUAAAGGUUUGGUUACCAUGGAAACCUAGUAUGUCUCUUUCUUCAAGAAUAGAAAAAGAAAAUGUUGACCAACACGUCCCGACAAAAUACUUUGCAUGAGCACAAAUCCACUGCUCAAUUAUAGCUACCCCUCCAUCACCAUAUUUUUGUAAAAUCUGUUUUGGAGCAUCAUACUUGACAAAAGGAAGUUUGUUCUUCAAAUAAUCUAUUUCUGAAAUGGGAAAAGAAAUUGUAAAACAAUAUAGUACUGUUAUACUACUCAGAGUUACCUGCCUCUUGUGAGGCAAUCAUCCGGCAUACGUUCAUUAUACGUUCGGAAUUAUUCAUGAUUCGCAACUGUUGGACAUUGGUUAAAGAACAAACAAAUGAAAAGAAGAUGUUGAGAAAAAUCAGUCUGAAUAAAACUAAUGUGCAGAGUUGACAGUAGUGUCAAUAUCGGUGUAACUACAAAAAUGUAAAGAAACUUAGUUAUUAAAUGAUGAAUAUAUUAAUUUCAUAUAUUUCAAAUGUGGGAUGAAGAAAUAAACGCAGAGAAGAUCAUCACAGUUAAAUACGCAGGUUAUGCAGUUGCGAAAAGAAAGCCUGAAUUUUCGUAAUGCCAGUGCAGCGCUCCAACCAAUAUUGAGCUAGCAAGCCAACUGGGGGCUGGCCAAUUGUAAUAUACCCGGGGAAGAUGGAGUUGAAUAUAUUAAUUUCAUGUAUUUGAACUGUGGGAUAAAGAAAUAAACGCAGAGACGAUCAUCACAGAUUUUUAAUAUGCAACUAAAGAGCAGCUGGAAAAAGAGAGCUUGAAAAAAAUUCAAGCUUGCUGGUAUUCAAACCCUGACCUGCUCUGCGAUACUGGUCCAGUACCCUUACCAACUCAACCAGCAAGCCAACUGGGACCAGCUCCAAACACCAAAACACUUUUUUUCACUCUGAACCUUUUUGCUGUCCUUGCACUGAAGUGUUAAUUAGUAUGCAAUCCUCAACAGUUCUUUGUAAGACUAUUUAUUGGUAACUGAGCUAUAUCAUCAAUGGUAUCAAAUUUCAAGGUCUUUGACAGUGUUGAGCUUGUUGCUGGUUCUCGAACCUAUGAUGGGUAUUUUCCUAGGUUCUAGGAACAGUUCCACAUCUAUUCAAACAAGGCUGUCACUGAGCUGGCUGGGGGUCAGGAUUUCCCCAGCUUCUGUGAGCAUAACCCACAGGUAUUUUCACUGGAAACAAAAGGAAAAUAUAACCAAGAGAAAUUCCACUUCUGUUCAAUUUCCUGCCUAGCCCACUAAAUACAUAUACCCAGUAGCCUGAGAAAACAGCCUACAUUUUGCGACACCACCACCGGUUUCCCGGGAAAAUGACGUCUACAGAAAGACCACAGAAAUUCCAUACUGAUAAAGAUCUGGGCAGUGCUUCUGAUUGGUCAUGCUGCAUGGGAAAUUUGCAUCAGCCAAUCAGAAGCACUACCCAGAUUUCGGUAGUAUCAGUAUGGCAAUUCAGCACACAUUUUGCAGACGUCAAUUUGCCGCAAAAACCAGUGGUGGCGUUGCGAAAUUAAAUGUCGGCGGUUUUCUCAGGCUAUGUACCCAGCAACUUGAAAACAUAGCAACAGCCUUGAAAAGGUAAAAGUAUUAUUAUUUCUAAACAAUAUUUUGCAUCUCACCUUCUUUAUCAGCAUCAGUAGCAAGAAACACCUUGUCAAGCUUUUGUUUAUCUAGAAUCUCCUUGAUCUGUUUGAUAGCGUUAUCUAAUGAUGGUACACCAUCAGGAUGUGCAUCAAGAAAAUCAGUUCUUCUCAGGUGAACAGCCAGGUAUGGGCCACCCGUAGCACUACCCUCCUUUUUGUGGUUUUUUGUCCAGUCUUCAUCCAUGACAGUGCCAUCUUUGUUGUCCUCUGAUUUCAGUAUCUCUUUACGGAAUGUGUCUCCUUCUGCUGUCAGGUGCUUGGCAAAUACUUGGCUUCUUCUUGCCUACGUUUAAGACAAGUACUGAUAAGAGUCAUUGUCAACUCAGCUCCCUUUCAACAUUAGACAUUAGAGAGCUUAAACAACAACCAUGGCAACAGCAACAAAAACAAACAAAAAAGCGAUAAGUUGAACACUAUUUUUUGACUACACGUUUUGAUACUUCAAAACAACAUGAAAUUUCCAUAUUUGAUAUAAAUUAAUUUUAUGGACGGCAUAACCAAAUGCCAAGUAAUUCUCUGUUAUUAAACUUGGGUGUUGUCCCCAAGGGUCUACGCCCAGGAAAUGUCACCUACAUAUGAAAUUUUAAGCAAGUUAGAAUGUAAUCUAAAUCACAUGUUUUGAAAAAGUGCAAACUGAUUUUAAAAGUGAUGUUUUUCCUGCAAUCGCUUUCAUCAUUGCUAAGGCUGCCUAUUAUCACAGCUUAAGACACUAUGGAUCGAAAUCAACCAAAUUAUGACAACCUACAAACAUGACCUUUUGAACCCACUGAAGAAAACCUUCGUUUCCUAAGAGGUCUGUUAGAAUGAUUGGCGGAGGUGAAAAUUGUAAACAUCAGUUAUAUUUUUGACUUUAGGUAAUAUGUUACUUCAAUGUCUGGCAAUGUUUGCCACGAAAUUGCUGGCAGACGACAAAAUAACAUCUGUCAAAAAUAUAUUUCCUGGGCAUGGUAUAUAAAGUUUCAGAUAAACAUAUUUUAAUGCUAUUUUGGAACAAUUUACUAUCAAUAUUUAAAUUUUGAUUCUUCUAGUACCUUAUUGUUUUUCUUAUGAGCUUCUGAUUGGCCCACAACCAACUUUCUUGGAAUGUAUUGUUACUCAUGUGUAAUACAAUAAACAAUUAUUGGUUAACAUUUUCCUAGGUAGCCCCGGUUGCAGCACUGUGGUCCCUCUGUAAGUCUAUUGGUUGCUCAGUUUUUGCUCUUGAAAUCUGCAGCAUUUUGGUGUUAAAGCCAUUCACUCCUGGAAAUGUUAUCCAAAUUGCCCCUUGAAGCUUAUAGUCAAGCUGUAUUCUGGUCACGGCCUGGCUAUAAUGUGCCAAACUGCCCAAAUCACUUGAUCUUAGCUUCAUUGUUUGAAGACAUAUUACCUUCCAAUAUUCUACCUGACCAUAAUGGAUGUGUAAAACCUUUUCAAAUCUGUCAAUCAUUACUGAUCUGAAAUAAUGAAAAAAAAAUGAGCCACAGUACCUCCCAGAAAUCCUUCUGUCCAUACACGAUGUGCGUCACUUCGUCAAAUCUGUCUACAAACACUGAUCUGGAAAGGUGAAGAAAAUGAGGUUACUCUGGAAAGACGAGCUCCAAGAGAAUUACUUCACAUGGUGGUCUCUUUUUCAUAGUCGACUAAAACAUGACGGACAUGCUUUGCAAGGUAUUUUUUCCAAGACCAAAGCCUGAGCCAAAGGAUGAGAUUGUACUGUGUCUACCCUAGAUGUUACAUUAUGAAGGACAAGAAAUGAAUAGAGUGUUGAGUGAAAUUUGCCAUUCAUAAAGAGCGAUAUCAGUUGCAUCUACGCCAGUCAACAGAAUGAGUAGAAGCAACGGAACACAAUUCAAACAAAAUGGCGGAUAAGUGACAACAUUAAAAACAGCCCCAGAGAAGAGUAAAGACAGUCUGCUUGCCAAGGUGCAUGAAAAACAGAGCAAAUAAUGCUUAAUGACACAAUUGUCUCUAUUUCUGUCUCUUUUAUCCAUCGCUUGGGAGGACUGAGUCUUGAGGGGGCAUACUAAUACUACAAAGUCCCCAAGGUAUUGUGGAGAUCAGCGAUUUUGGUCCAUCAAAAGAUCCUUGACACGGAUCUGAGAGAUGAGAUGAUAGUCAGUUAGUGGAAUCUUGGAACUGAGAACUGAUCACGCUGUAUCCACAUCCCACAAGCUUACAAUCCAUAAGUGUGAUUCAGGGUUGUGGCUGCAACAGAAAGUACAACAAGGGAGACAGGCUCACCCUAGGAAUCCUGUUGAAAGAGCUCACGUUCAAGUUCUGCAACUGGGUUCUUGUUUUGAUUCUUGACUUUGCUGAUAAAGAGAACAAUUCUUAGCUUGUGAAGAACUGAGCCACUGUCAGGGGUCAUGAAACAAGAGUCAGUGUCAGUUCAUAUUACAGUAAGAAGGCCAUCCUGUGGUUGGAUGCCAAUGCACACGCUCAUCAGUGUGUUGCGGAGAGUGUCAUGGAGCGCGUUUGGCAUUCAACAAGGUAAGUAUAAACUGUCAAGCUCAUUUAAUGACUUUGGCAGUAAAAGAGAUUACCCAUAGUUUCAGGUUGGGGGUUGGGGGUUGGGGGACUGCUGCACCACUGAGGUAGGACCACGCAGGGUGAAGCAGAAUGAUGGCAGCUAGAAGUGAUGCAAUCAAAGGCUUUGUCCAUGUCAAGGAUGAAAAAGGUUUGUUGGGUUACCAUCUUCAGUUGUCGAAGAACCACUUUGUGGAUGUGCUACCUCCAAAUCAUUAUUUAUUAUUUUAUAUCUAGUUAUAUUUAUGUGGCUAAGGUGGACAUGCAAAAGAUUGUCAAGGACUUGCACUCCUGCUGGGCAGGUACUAGGGGUUCGUUACAUUUAACAAUGAGUAAGGUGUCGGAAGCAAUUGUGGCGAAAUGAAGGAAACUUAAACAUCUUUAAUGUUAGAAUGUUAGUCAACUUCUAGGAAGAGCAUGUGCGUGGCUGUGCUCUAGCAGAGCCCGGUGGCCCCUGGCGCCUAACUUUUGCCCUCGGGCGACUAGAAAAUCUCAAAUUUUUCAUGCAAAUCGUAUGCUGGGCGCCCUAGAUUAUAAUGUUUCAGAGCACUGGGCUCCCUUCAAUUUUCCUUAGAGCACAGCUUUGAAUGUGCCUUGAGUAAUGGGCAUAAGUGUGCUCUAGGUCUGGGCUGGGAGCGCAAGCCAAGUGUCAGCUUUUUCUAGUGAAAUGAAGUUUAGCCUUUCCUACUAGUAUGCUUUGGACAGAUGCACAGAGAACCACAGAAUCCUUGGUGAGUUGGAUGAAGCUGCAAACUUGGCAAGUUGAGUUGUCGCACUUACGGGCAUUGCCACUGGCAAAGUCAGAUGGUAGGAUAGUGGCUCCAGCAACAUGAUGAACAGAGGCUUGGCACCUACUGAUGGUGGAAAGGAAGGUGGGAACACGAGCGUUUGAGGGAAACUCACCACGACAGAGCUUUUCAAAUGCCCACACACGUGCUUUAUUGUUAGUGAGAAUGCAGGCUGGUGUUUUCAACUGUAAGAGCUGUAGUGUUUCAUUGCAGCUGGGAUGGAUAAGGCCUCUAUCUCACAAGGGAGCCAGGUAACUUGACAACUCCAAAGUUUGGUGCUGGAAAGGCUGGUUAGCUGAAGGGUAUUGUCACGUAUUAUAUACAUUGUGGUGGUGAUACCUGGACUUUUGACAGCUUCAUUUGUGAUGAUCCACAAUUGAUUAUCAAGGCAGGGGGGGGGGGGGUUGAUGGAGCAGAUGGGCUGACUGUGCAUUGUGAAAGAGUAGAUCAUCAGACAAGUUGAUCCUUUCAUGAGACUGAUGACCUGUGAUGACAGUGUCAAGUGGUGCUUGUAAGGCUGAGCACUGGGGUAUAAUGCCAGCUAGCACUUUGUAUGCACCAAUGAAGGACUACAGUUUCAGGCUUGCUGCACAAAGCUAGAGCUGUAAUUUGAUGGAGGAAGGCUUGGAGGGUUCCAGCCAAACAUCAUGGUAGAUUUGGGGUUUUUAAAAGUCUUGGAAUGCAGAGAGUUUGAGGUUGCCCUCGGAGAGGGCCUGAAACACUCAUUUCAAGUUGUGCAGUAACUCCUCUGGUGAGUAGGUACCGCAGUUAAGCCGUGAUGUUAUUGGCUAGUCUUAAUAGCCAAUAACAUCACGGCUUAACUGACAGACGACCUAUAACAUCACGACGUAAUUGACCAAUCAGAUAAUGACCAGAGUAUAAUACCAUCAACUGACGUGAUACAACUCACUUUGACUCUGAAGAUGACUACCACACAGGUUGUCGAAACGUCAGUCACUGUCAAUAACAACAGUCCCAUUCAGGUCUACGUUCACCUGGACGAUCAAACUAAACCUACAUUUGAAAUGACUCCUGGGUUCAAACGUUUCACAGUGGUAUCAGUAUUGUACAUAAGUGACCGCUGAGAUUUGCCGUACAGUAAAACCUGUAUUAAGCGGAAACCCUUGGGGAAUGCUGUAGUGUCCACUUAAUACAGGGUGUCUGCCUAAUACAGGUUUCGAUAGACAACGUCAUAUGAGGUGUCAAAUGCCAUUGAAAUGAACAGUGGAAGGAAACAUUUAGAAUACUCCCAGAGCCUAUGACGAUAUAUGUCUGCACAUUCGUUUUUAAAGUGGACCAAUUGAUCAUAGUACCAUAAACAUAGAUUGCAACUCAAAUUUGAAGAAAUCAGAUGAGUGAAACAAGCUCUGUACAAACAAAAAGAAAUAGAAAACAAUACUGUACUGAAAAACUAAUCAAAUAAGUUCGUCAAGUCACGUUUUUUAAUGUAAAAAUAAAAAAAAAUUGUGGGUGGCAAUCUUUCGCAUUUCCGGUGUCUGGCAUGUAGGGUGAAGGAAAUAUUUAAUUACAAGUGUCCGUUUAAUAGAGGUUGGCAACAAUAGAAAUGAACAUUUCAGGAUACUUUUUAGGUGUCCACGUCUGCUUAAUAGAGGUGUCCGCUUAAUAAAGGUUUCAUUUGAAGAAAAUAAGGGAAAUAAAUUUGGGAACUUCGGCUACUGUCCCCUUAAUACAGGUUUCACUGCACGUUCCUACAUCACCAGAGGCGGUGACCACAUAGUUCUAGCCCUAGGCCAUAAUGUGCUUGAAUUUGCAGGAGCAUGGACAAUCAAAGCAUGACAGGAAAGUGUAUGUGUAGAACAAGUGCCAGAAGAGCCAUAUGUAAUGAAGGAACGAUCACUAAGGGUAAUCAGCUAUUAGCAGGACAAACAAUGAUACUUUUGACUUCCAUAAAGGGCUACUGGCUCGGAGCUCUUUAUCCAGGUUUUCGACUACCAGACCUUCAAACUGGAACUGUCAGCCUGAUGGGUGCACUAGGCACUAUUACAAAUCUCUUCUUUCAACUUGUGAACAGUGGACAACCAAAUGAUGUUAAAAGUGACCCCACUGUCAACGGUAAUAUGGACAGGGUGGUGACAAUAAAAUGUGUCUAGGGGACUGUUGUACCUGUAAUCUCAAAGCGCGGGGGCUUGGUUGAUUUCCACUAAACCGAGGCUGGUAUCCCUAUGGAUCUUUUGAAAUUAGUAAUGCCUGUGAUCUGCCUAGCUUUGACUAUAAACUAACGGUCACUGUCCAGAAGAUAUCUGUACUCAUUUAGGCAGAGGACUAGAAGCUCAAUCUGUACUUGGAGUUACCAAAGGUCAUUUCUUUUUUCACAGUAAAGUAAUAAUUCUGCACGAGGCCGGCGUUGGGUAUUUUUAGAUAGACGUAACCUUAUUCCACUCAAGGCCAGGGACAUGGCAUGUGCAUAAAACAAUAUAGGGCCUGAGAUAAACAACGUGAGUAUGAGGACUGGACAUUCACAAGGAGUGAGGUGAUGCCUGCCUGUGAGGCCAAAAAAUUGCUUUUCUGUGCUUUGAGAGAGAGAAGAGAAUUCUUUUAUCUCGAAGCCUUCCAAGAAAUUCAAGUCAACUUGUCAGUCAAAAGUAACACAAAUCAAAACUAGCAAUUGACAAGUAAGAGACCAUAAUAAUAUAUUUUACAAGAAGGAAUGGUAGAGCAUUUUGUUAUUUUUUUCCUUUAAUCGGUUAUUUCAGAGUUGUUAUUUUUUAUUACCAUACUAUUUCAGAGUUUUUGUGGAAUGCGGGAAGGCAGUCCCGGAUCAGGAAAUAGGGUGAAAUACAGGAUUGACCCAAGGAUGAUCUCAUACUGAAUGAGCAAUAUAAAAUUUCCAUAUUUGUGCAAUAAUUACGUUGAGUGAUUCUUGGUAAUUACCAAUACCGUCAUAUAUAUUUUCACGAAAGCCCGAUUUUCCGCUGAUGUUUACGUAGAUGAUUUCUACAGCGCUGAAUGUCCGUCGCUGGCUGACAAUGCCUUUGCUACUCUGCAAUCGAUACCCUAG